AUGGCACCCGUCAAUGCUGGGUACAGUGAGUCAAUCUACGAGUUCAAAAAGGACAUGAUCGAGGUCUUCCAGAAAUGUGAAGACUCUGGAAACAACAUCAUGACGUUUCUGGAGUGGACAAAAAGCCUGUGGAAUGUUGUAAAGUACAAAAACUUCAUCUUCAGCUUCAGAAACAGCCUGGUGGCAAAGCCUACAUGAAGCUGUGUGUCGAGUUCAAUGAGUGGGAAUGGUCAUUCAGAAAACACAUGCACACAUGGAUGACAAAUGCUGAAACAAGGAUUUCCAACUUUGGAACAAUAGCAAUGAAAUCUCAGACAGGAGAUGUGAGGGAUUUUCUCUGUCAAUUGAAAAGUGAAGCCUCAAUGGAACUUGUCAAAUGGGAGAAGACCAUUCUUGACAUCCUUACCAAGUACUAUGAACAGACAGAGGGCCAUGUCUAUCUUGUGGAGAGAUACAGAGAGGAUUUCGCAAACAGCACCAAAAGUAUCAAAAUGGAAAUGGAAAACUCUGUAAUGAGUAAACUGAAAGCUGCUGUUGAGAUCCGACAAGGAAUGAAAAAGAUUGACACAAUCAAGGAGAACCACACAGCCGUGAUGGAGGAGAAGGUGCUGAAGUUGCUUGAGGACUGCAGAAAGAGCCGCUCUGAGCGGUCAGUGAAGGACCUUGAUGGAGAAUUUGAAAAGGUGUGGGAGGAAACAGUGCAGGAGCUCUCCUUUACAGGAUUAAAGAAACGAGACGUUGUGAGUGAUGUUUUCAACCAGCUCCGGUCUAACAUGAUGCAGAAGGGAAGUUCAGUGAAUGAAAAGCUGAACAAAGAGAAACUUGAAGAUCAUGGAAAAGAACCCUUCAUAGUCACUCCAGAUGGGAUAUUCAAGAGAUUAGUAAAGGGGUUUUACAUGGAUGAGCACACAAGAAAAACCCAGGUCAUGGCAGACAACCUUGUAGAGAUGUGCAAACAAUUUGUGAAUGAGAAGAUCCAAAAUAAAACAGAUUACAAUGACACAUACAUUCAAGAGAUCAUACAUAUGAUUGAAGAGAAGUUGAACGCCAACAAAAAUCUUGGGACAAGCGAUAAAGUCUCCAUUAAAUUGUACAUUUCUGGGUUUGCAUCCAGGGCUUUCCAAUCAAUGCAUGAACAGUUCAUACGUGACAAUAAUCCUUGUUGGUGCCUUGAACAGUUCAAAGGUAAAUACUUGGCAGACUUCAAAGACUUGUUCAGUGGACAAGAUCAGUGUCGGAAGAAAGCUGGGGAGUUCACCAACCUGUGUCUCAAACCUGCAGUAGAAGUCUAUUUUAUGUUGUCAGUUCCCUGGGUCCGGAAAUUGUUGAUGAAAUGCUGACAGGACAGAAUGCCUUUCAAUUCAGCUCUCUGAAAUUGUUCCAGUACUCUAUCUUGAAGCAACUACUGUCAGAAUUCAACUUGGCCAACUACGUGAGCUACACUUGUCGCUAUGAAGCCUUUGUCAAUACUUGGAUUUUGGGUGAAAUGUUAAAACGAUUUUCACAAGGGGAAAUUUGUUUUGAGUUAGAAGACUGUCAACUCAAAGGGAUCAUCAGAGUCAUCACUGAGGCAAUCAGAAAAGCACAGAUGAAUGAGAAGGGCCACAUUUAG